AUGGACACUUUUCUCCACUUGGACGCAGACGUGUAUGACGGCGAUCUGGCGAGCGAACCCAUUGACCUCGAGACAAAGAUCCAGCGUCACAUUGUAGAGACGAGUCAAGGGACGUUGCUCUUUGCUGAUCAAGCUAUUCGACCGGUGGAAGUAGAGAAGAAAGCACUUGAGCUGGACGAACAGGAGCGCCAGCAUUAUCUGCAGCGCGUCUUGAUCAUUGAGAAAGAAAUGCAGGAGGCCAACAAUGAAGUACAGCAGCAAAUUGACACAAUGAAGCGGAUUUUGAACCUCAAAGACCCCAUGGAGCAGUUGGUCGAGUACCUGACACAUAAGCAGGAGGACCGACGAGACAAGAAUGUUAAUGUUGUCGAGGAUUUACUACAGUGCGCCAAUCGUAUGAUGAACAUUGAAGACAGCGAAGUGGCCGCACUUGGGGCUUUCUUCUUCUUGCUUCUAGGAAAAACGGAUCCCCACACGCCGUUUUAG